GCCACCGCCUUCCCAUCGUGCGAUGCGACGACAACAGAACCCUUCUUCGAAGAAGUGACGACUGAAGAGCCGGCGCUGGACAUCCCCUUGGAGCUCCAAGUUCAGGGCCAGAGCGGCAAGUUCACUCUCGUGCCGGUGGAUGUAGAUGGCGAAGAAGUGGGUGCGUCUGUUGUUGUGAAGCAUUCGAUCAAAACUUUUGCAAGCCAGGACUUCACGGUGGGCGAUAUGGAGACCGUCCGCAUGGGCUCUGGAGUUUCUGCUGCCAAGGUGUCGUUCGACUCAACCAUCUCGGAGAUUGGACGGAUCGGCGUUGACACCUAUGUCAUGGCACAGUCGGGAACGGUGGGGAUGUCCAACGAGUCGUGGCACGUCAGCAUCGGAGAGCUGAAGUGGAAUAUCCGCCUCUGGGACUGGACCUGGUGCGACGGCUCCAACUGCAAGGAUGGCCAGACCGAGCAGGUCGGCGCGUUCGUCGAGCUCGACAUCACGGCGCAGAAUUUUUUUUGGGGGGGGAGCGCCAACCAGGGCAGCGGGAAGUCCGUGUCUUUGGGCAGCAACGCGACGCUCGAGCUGUCGACGCAGGCGCAGAGAGACUGCUCGUGGGAGCAGCUGCCGGCCGGGUUCCCUUCCAUCGGUACCCAGGGCAGCCAGACCACCAUCAUUUUUCGCUUCCCGCGCUUCGAGACCCCCUGCCUGUGCGAUCCCGCCCUGUCUGACGCAGCGGAAGAGAUGGGCGUCGACGUCGCAUCUACCCCGGCCCCAACCUACUAUUACUACGCAACCGCCCCAGCCCCAGCGCCCGGCGAUGACGUGGUUGGCUCGGCCGCGCCGGCCGCGCUCGGCGCCGCUGCGCUCUGCUCCUCGAUCGCGGCGGCG